AUGAAUCGUGCUGUCAUCGCCAUCGCUCGCUCUCCUCCACGAUCUCUUCACCAACAACCGCCAACAGCCUUCUUACACUUCGUCAACACCCGCAACUUCAUCAAAGUGAGUAUCAGCAUUCCCUACGUCUUUGCAUGGGAGGGAGUGUAGGGCGACGACCCGGCGGGGCAGGUGCGGAGAUUGGUAGCGGUCAGCAGGGGCUAUGGCUGCUGGACAGAUCGUUUAGUAUUUCUGAGUGGACGAGGGGUGUAAAGGCAGAUGGGCACAGCGCUAGAAGAUGAGCUCGUGGCUGAGGGUCAGCUACGGCAGGUCGGCUGUCUGGAACGCAGCCGCUUCCUCGAACGUGCGUGCGGGGUUGCCGCGAGGAAGCGGCGCUCAUGGGCAAGUCCAAAAGUCUUGCGAAUUGCUGUCUGGCAGCAAGCAUUCUUGCACUUUGAUGCGCAUCUCUACCUACCCUCGUCCGUCGUUCCAGCAUGCUGACCCGAACCGAACUCACACCUCACGUUCGCAACAGAUGGUCGAGCGUCUUACUCUGCGCAAGCGCACUCCUUACAACACCAAGUCUAACCGUAGACGCGUGAUCAAGACUCCCGGAGGAAAGUUGCGUUAUCUGCACGUCAAGAAGCUGCCAACUUCUCCCAAAUGCGGUGAUUGCCACACCGCUCUGGCCGGUGUCAAGGCUUUGAGACCUAGAGAGUACGCUACCGUCUCAAAGACCAACAAGACUGUUCAGCGCGCCUACGGUGGUUCCAGAUGCGCCAACUGCGUUCGCACCAGGUGAGCGUCUGCGCGAGGAGCAGGGAAGGAGGGAGGUGUUUGAGGCGGGAUAGCUCGCAACAUGCGCAUCGCACGUUAGGUCGCGCACAAGUCGCAAGCAAGAUGCUGAUCGAUGUUUUUGUCUCCUGACGCGCAGGAUCAUCCGAGCAUUCCUGGUCGAGGAGGCCAAGGUGGUGAAGCUCGUCGUCAAGGCAGCCGCCAGCAAAAAGUAA